GAUUUCCUGCAGCUUCACUGUCGACGGUUGAGAUUGUUGUUUUGUUUAUUUCGUAGUUUUGUUUAUUUCGUAAUUUAUAAUUUGUAUUCGCACGUGUAGGAAUUACGGCGAUGAGUUUAUUGCGCUUACGAGCGUUGUUUAUUUAGUGCAGUGAUCCUAAACGGGGAUUCAAGAUGAGUGUUGUACAGUCUAAUAUUUCCACUACGAUCCGCAGUUUCAACAUUUCGGACGACAUCCGGAUUGAAGUGAAAAAAUUUCGAACAGAUGCUGGAAUCGACGAGAUUGAUAUCGAGGAAGACGAAGACGAUAUAUCCGUCAUUCAAAAAAUACAUAAAACCUUCUCCGAUCCUAGUGAAGUCGAGUUCGAUUCCGAUACACUAAAGUCCAUCAUCUCUAGGCUGGAUGAGAUUGAAAAGAAACUGGAGAACAUAAUCUAUAUGAACGCUCAGGCCGACAGCUUGAAUGCGGUACACAUGAAUGGUCUGAUCAAUCGCCAACUUGUAGCCGCGGCCGGUUCUCUCACCCCAGGUGGUUCUGCGUCAGCUUUGACACUAGCUCAACCCGGAUCUCCGCAGAUGGGGGUGGAACCGAUGGUUCAAGAUGACAUGAUUGACGAUAUACGCCUCGGAAUGAGUCUGGACGAAAGUGAACUGAUCGGAGAGUUUGUAGAGCAUGAUGAGCUGAAAUUGGUGGAAUUUCCUAUCAAUCGGAUUGAUGAUCUGAGGGAACUGGAAGAGUCAAUCACUAGUGAUCAGGAAUCGUUUGUUUCAUUUGCGAAUUUUCUGGGUGCAACCGUCCAAAAGCACAAUCGCAACCUGGAACCGAUUCUGCGCGAUUUUGUAACCGAGAGCCUAAUUAACGAGCUCGGGUUUGCGGAAGCUGAAAUCAACAUGAUGUCAUUUUACAUCUUCAAUCAACUGUUGUAUGACAUUUGGAAAACAGAUUACUCAACUAUGAACGAUUACCGAAAUCAACUGCGAAAAAUCGCGAGUAAAAUCCAAAAUCGUAACCGACCUACAAGAAGACAAAAAUGAGCAAAUAAAUAUCAUGAUAGCAUUCAUUAAAAUAAAUUGCAAGCGGAACUAGAUGGGCUCAGCUUGAAAGUGUGUUAGAAUCGGAUGUAAGAAUGCAUUGCUUUUAAGCUUUUCAUUGUUGAGGGUUUUAUAAUAAUGAGUAGACACAAAUAGACAAAAAUAAUCA